UUUUGUGUAGAGCCUGUACGUGGUUCGCGGCAAAAGAAAACUGUUAGUAUGCAAUUUGGGGCUGUAAAGUUCAGUAGAAGGAGAGUGGGGAAACUCCGUGACGAAAAGAAAAAAAAACAUUGGAAGAAGGCUGGGGAGUUCAUACUGUUUGGUUAAAGAAAGAAAGAGAAAAUAAAACGAUAUUUUCUUUGAUUAAAGACAGGUAUGAUGCACUCCCGAAACGCGAGUGGGACGAUCCCGACUCUUCCUGGUUGUUGCAUGGACAGCAGAUGAGUGACUUUCACAGAGCUGCGGCCGUUCAUCCUGUUUGAUCACAGCUCUCCAGAGAGAAGCUUCGAUACGCCGGCGCAUUUGGAAAAACUUGGUCAGCUUUCUGAGAACGGAAAACACUCCAGUCGGUCUUAUUGCACUAUCUGGGGCUGAUUACUCGGUUUGAACACAACACAGCAUCAUCAUGCCUCUUAAGAAAAGAGCAAGGGUCGUGAAUCCACAGGCUGAACCUGGUGUGGUGAGGAAGUACCUAAUUGAGAAUUUCUCAACACUUCCUUCGACCAGCGGUGACCUCAAAAAUGGUCAUGUUCUGCAAUUGUACGUCUGUGCAGCAAGAAGUAGUGGGACUGAAACAGAGAGACAAUUGAAAGCACGUUUCUCAUCCGAGGGCUCGUCUUUCUGUAAUUCCCUAGCAGCUGAUAUUAAAAGGAUUGUGAGAAAUUCAUUGGAAAAGUUCCAGCGACUCACAAACCCACAGGAAUUUGCGAAAUUCACAGCAAUAUGUGAGGAGCAGUUUCAACUCUUACAGCAGGCUGUUGAUCCUGAGGUCACAGCUCCUGUGGCCCAGUUACCAGCUCCUGAAGAUCCUGACGACGUGUCACCCAGCACAUCGAAGGAGACAUUAGCACUUUCACAUUCUGCCACGAUGACCAGUACCCCUGUCAGCCACCGUGAAGUCCACUCAGAGCCAGGGUCCUCUGGCAGUUCGAGGGGGCAUCGAGGUGACCCACUCACUCCUCGAAAGGCGAAGAUGAAGCGACGACUGGAAUUCAUGUCUUCGAGGUACAGAACACUGAGGGAGCGAUACGUUGGAAAAGUGGUAGCGUUGAAAGGACAGCUUCGGACCCCAAGACGUGUCAUUAAUCAAGCUAUUCGGAGGCAGAGAGAGAGAGCAGAGAGGAAAAAUAAAGAGAUAAAGAAGCUCAAGGACAUGUUACAGGAAAAUGCCCUUUACAACGAGUUACAGAAAGAGAGAAGGCGUAACCGUAAGCUAAAGGACACACACAGGAAACUUCGGCAGAGAAGUCAAAGCCCCGGGAAAGUUUCAUCAGAGAUGUAUGAAGAGGUUGUUAGGAAACUGAAGGAGAAGGACACCCUGAUUGCAGAACUUCAGCACAAGAAUCUGCUGCUUGAGGAGAAACUGGAGGAGCUCAGUUCAGCCACGGACCUUUCACAUGCCACUGUUGGUUUUCUUUCAGCCAGGAUGAGAGCAUGCAAGAACAAGACAAUGGAUUACCUAGACAGAAUGGAUGAACAGCGGAGAGAACAUGUGCUGGGGAAAGUAAGAUUUUUAAGUAGUAAUCUUCUGUCUCAUUCUAGGUAAACACUCUUAGCAACUGAAAACCUAUAAUAAAAAGUUUUCACUCAGAGAGUCAAAAGUUAUACACGGCUUUUCGACUGCGCCCCUAUGAUGAUUAGGCAUUGCCCUCAGCUUCCCUAACGUACUGUCCAGUGCAAUUUCUUCGCCGAAUAAGUCCUCCAUGGAUGAUGGCAUCAGAAGGGGAUCCUGUUACAUGAUCUUCAGUCUCUUGAUGACCUGUUUCACCAUUUCAGUGGCGUCAACAUGAGUAAUGUCCGACUCCGCUGCUGUGUAGAAUUUCCGCAUCCGAGGACCGGUAAGGUGUUUUCCAAGAAUUCCUAAUACCUGCAGUUCUACCUUGGCUAUGUCACUGGAGAUG